AUGGCGGCGGCGACGACGGAGUCGUGGGUCGUUCUGCUGCUCCUGUCUCUACCUUUGGUCAAGCCAUUCUAUGUGCCUGGUGUCGCGCCUAUUGAUUUUCAUCAGAAUGACCCUGUUGAGAUCAAGGCUGUAAAGCUCACCAGUUCCAGGACUCAGCUACCCUAUGAGUACUAUUCUCUUCCCUUCUGUCGACCCACAAGCAUUGUGUACAAGGCAGAAAACCUGGGUGAGGUUUUGCGAGGGGAUCGUAUUGUGAACACACCAUACCAGGUGCACAUGAACCAGGACAAGAAGUGUGAACUGGCAUGUGGGAAACCGGGGCAGCCCACGAAAUUCGGUGCGGCCGACAGCAAGCUGAUCGCCGAACGCAUCCAAGAGGAGUACUAUGUUCACCUAAUUGCAGACAAUCUUCCAGUGGCCACCAGGCUGGAGUUUUACCCGAAUGGAGAGGCAGGGACAGAUGAAGAACAGAAGAGAGACAUGGUUAAAGAUGUCCAGUUUGAACAUGGCUACAGAUUGGGCUUUACUGACAGUAACAAGUACUAUUUGCACAACCACCUAUCCUUCAUUCUGUACUACCACAAAGAGAAGGUCGAGGAUGUAGAUGAGCAUAAUUACCGUGUUGUACGCUUCGAGGUGGUGCCGCAGAGCGUCAAGCUAGAAGACCUGAAAGCUGAAUCAAAUGGUGCAUGCACAUUACCGGAGGCAAGUAGUUCUGCUCCUCAGGAGAUUGAUCCAGCCAAAGAGAACAGUGUGCUCUUCACUUACUCUGUGCACUGGGAGGAGAGUCAGGUGAAGUGGGCGUCUCGCUGGGACACUUACCUCACUAUGAGUGACGUACAGAUUCACUGGUUCUCCAUAGUCAACUCAGUGGUGGUUGUAUUCUUCCUGUCAGGCAUCCUGAGCAUGAUAAUCAUCAGGACCCUGCGGAAAGACAUAGCGAACUACAACAGAGAGGAUGACAUUGAGGACACCAUGGAAGAAUCUGGCUGGAAGAACGUUCACGGAGAUGUUUUCCGGCCACCACAGUAUCCCAUGAUUCUUAGUUCUCUGCUGGGCUCUGGGAUCCAGCUCUUUUGCAUGAUCCUCAUUGUUAUCUUCGUGGCCAUGCUAGGCAUGUUGUCUCCAUCUAGUCGAGGGGCUCUGAUGACCACUGCCUGCUUCCUCUUUAUGUUUAUGGGUGUGUUUGGAGGCUACUUUGCUGGCCGACUGUAUAGGACUCUAAAAGGUCACAGAUGGAAGAAAGGAGCCUUCUGUACUGCGACCCUGUAUCCUGCAGUAGUGUUUGGAAUAUGCUUCGUGCUAAACUGCUUUAUCUGGGGAGAGCACUCCUCAGGAGCUGUUCCAUUCACCACAAUGCUGGCGCUGUUGUGUAUGUGGUUCGGUAUCUCAAUGCCUCUGGUCUAUUUGGGCUACUACUUCGGGUUCCGCAAACAGCCCUACGACAAUCCAGUGCGCACCAACCAGAUCCCACGCCAGGUCCCAGAGCAGCGCUGGUAUAUGAACAAGUUUGUAGGGAUACUGAUGGCUGGAAUUCUCCCAUUUGGUGCAAUGUUCAUUGAGCUCUUCUUCAUCUUCAGUGCUAUCUGGGAGAACCAGUUUUACUAUUUGUUUGGUUUCCUCUUUCUGGUCUUCAUCAUCUUGGUGGUGUCCUGUUCCCAGAUCAGUAUUGUUAUGGUCUACUUUCAGCUCUGUGCAGAGGAUUACCGCUGGUGGUGGAGGACUUUCAUAGUGUCUGGAGGUUCCGCCUUUUAUGUGCUCAUCUAUGCUGUUUUCUACUUUGUUAAUAAGCUGGACAUCGUGGAGUUUAUUCCUUCCUUGCUGUAUUUUGGCUACACAACCCUGAUGGUUUUAUCCUUCUGGCUCCUGACAGGAACAAUCGGCUUCUACGCAGCCUACAUGUUCAUACGCAAAAUAUAUGCCGCAGUCAAAAUCGACUGAGCCACAAACCUGCUUAAUUUUGUUACUUUUGUUCCUUCUUCAUUUAUUUUGUUUUACCUUACGGUUUGGGCGAGAAAGCACUGAAGCUAGUGUGAGUGUAUGUUCAUGGCUGUAUCUUGAAGCAGGUUAUGUGCAGCCUGACCCCCUGUGGACUGGAGGAGAAAACAUACAAGUGGUUUGUGCACAGACGUGUCAGUGAAUCGCACAGUGGCUCCUCCACUGAAACAGAUUGUCAUGGAUUUUGGAAUUGUCUUUUUAUUAUUUAAUUCUGACUUUCUUGUUGCACACAUCAUGUGGGCCAAAAUAUGUGAUAUUAUUUACUGUUUGUUUUUUUUUGGCAUUGGAAUAAGGGUGAGGGAGAGUAAAGAUGGAUAAUGAUUUAUAGCAUAUCCUUUUACAGACCAUAGUCAUUUUUAAAAUAUUCUUAAUAUGUAGUUUGAACCUGCUUCUAAGUAUUUGGUUUAAACACUUGUUCGUUAUACAGAUUUGUGUGUGUGGGUGUGUGUACAGCAUGCUGGAGGCAGAAAUCUGUAAGUAGAAGGAGUGUGAGCUGAUGGUAAAAUCAUGUGGCACUGAGAAAAUGAGAUUAAAAACCACAACUUUGUCAUA